UCGGACUUCGGCUCCGGCCCCGCACCCCAGAGAAGGCCAGUCCACCGAGGAGGAGCGGGGUUUAUCUCCAUUGCCGCCGCUGCCCUUUUCUCCUUCGGAGCUCUCUCGGGAUACCCCACAUUUCCAGGGGUCGGGAGCUCGAGGGGCGCUCUUGGUCCUCCGGCUCCUGCUCUUCAGCCUGCGCCGCGAGCGGCCGCCGAGACCUCGCCAGGCGUGACGGGCUGGGCCUGCACCCCGCGUGCGGGACCGUCUCCCGUGGCCCCAGUGCCCCGGCGGGAAGAGUGCCGUAGGCGCCCGUGGCUGGAGCAGUGGAGGUGUCCACCUGGCGAGUGCGGCCGGAACACCAGUCACUGUUAAGUUUUCUGUGCGCACGUUGCAAGGUCCGAGUGUGAGUCUGAGUAUGGAUUUCGUACCAGAAUCCACUCUUGAAGUUUACCUCAGUAACUUCAGGAAACAUUGGUGAUUUGUGACACUGGGACUACCUAUACUGGAAGAGUCGUUACAUCUAGUUAGGCUAAUACUUGAAGAUAUGACCUUGAUGGGCACAGAAACUGCAUGGAAGUAAAGAAAAUUUAAGGUAUAAUUUGGCCUCCCGAGAUUCUGUCUUAGCACGAAGAAAGUGAAAAAUACUCUUGAAAAGAAAACUAAGACAAUAAGAAAGCAAGACUUGCUUUUACAUGGUCGUCAGCUCACUUACCGAUAUGGACACUUUUCCCACCAUUUUUCCUCCUGGUGGAGACAGUGGGCUGACAAGUUCUCAAUCUGAGUUCCAAAAAAUGUUAAUUGAUGAACGGUUACGAUGUGAACAUCAUAAAACUAAUUAUCAGACUCUGAAAGCUGAACACACAAGGUUGCAGGAUGAGUACAUAAAGUCACAAAAUGAGCUCAAGCGCCUAUUAAAUGAAAAGCAAACUCACCAGGAAAAAUUUCAGCUGCUGCUUGAAGAGCUACGAGGGGAGUUAGUAGAGAAAACUAAAGACUUAGAAGAAAUGAAGCUGCAGGUAUUAAGUCCACAAAAGUUGGAAUUGUUACGAGCUGAAAUACAACAAGAACUAGAAACUCCAAUGAGAGAAUGUUUCAGGCAUCUGGAUGAAGAAGUAGAAAAGUAUAGAGCUGAAUAUAAUAAACUUCGCUAUGAGCAUACAUUUCUCAAAUCAGAAUUUGAACACCAGAAAGAAGAAUGUGCACGUAUUUUAGAAGAAGAAAAAAUAAAAUAUGAAUCAGAGAUUGCAAGACUGGAGAAAGAUAAAGAAGAACUACAUAACCAGCUGCUUAGUGUUGACCCCACAAGAGACAGCAAACGAGUGGAGCAACUUGUUCGAGAAAAAGUCCAUUUGUGUCAGAAAUUAAAAGGUUUAGAGGCUGAAGUAGCAGAAUUGAGAGCUGAAAAAGAAAAUUCUGGUGCUCAGGUAGAAAAUGUCCAGAGAAUUCAGGUGCGGCAGUUGGCUGAGAUGCAGGCUACAGUCAGAUCCCUGGAGGCUGAAAAACAGUCAGCUAAACUACAGGCUGAACGCUUGGAAAAAGAGCUACAAUCAAGCAAUGAACAAAACACUACUUUAAUUAGUAAAUUGCAUAAAGCUGAACGGGAAAUAAAUACAUUGACCAGUAAAGUAAAAGAACUUAAACAUUCAAACAAACUAGAAAUAACAGACAUCAAACUGGAGGCAGCAAGAGCUAAGAGUGAGCUAGAAAGAGAAAGGAAUAAAAUUCAAAGUGAACUGGAUGGAUUACAGUCAGACAAUGAAAUUCUCACAUCAGCUAUUGAACACCACAAAGUGCUUUUAGUAGAAAAGGACCGUGAAUUAAUACGUAAAGUACAAGCUGCCAAAGAAGAAGGUUACCAAAAACUUGUGGUAUUACAAGAUGAAAAGCUAGAACUUGAGAGCAGAUUAGCGGAUUUAGAGAAAAUGAAAGUGGAACAUGAUGUCAGGAGGCAAUCUGAAAAGGAUCAGUGUGAAGAGAGAUUGCGAGCUUCACAGAUGGCAGAAGAGUCGGCCAGGAGGGAACUUCAGAGUAUUAGGUUAAAACUUCAACAACAAAUUGUGAAUAUUGAAAAUGCAGAGAAAGAAAAAAAUGAAAAUUCUGACCUGAAACAGCAAAUCAGUAGUUUGCAGAUCCAAGUGACCUCACUUGCACAGUCAGAGAAUGAGUUGCUGAAUUCAAACCAAACACUGAAGGAAAUGGUGGAAAUGUUAAAACAGGAAUGCCGAAGUUUAAGAAGCCAAGCUGAAAAAGCACAACUAGAAGUUGAAAAGGCAUUGGAAGAGAAGCAAAUACAGUGGUUGGAAGAAAAGCAUAGGCUUCAUGAACGUAUCACUGACAGAGAAGAAAAGUAUAAUCAAGCUAAGGAGAAAUUGCAGCGAGCUGCAAUUGCCCAAAAAAAGAGAAAAUCUCUCCAUGAAAACAAGUUGAAGAGAAUGCAGGAAAAGGUAGAAGUCUUGGAGGCAAAGAGAGAAGAAUUAGAAACAGAAAAUCAGGUGUUAAAUAGACAAAAUGUUCCAUUUGAAGAACAUACAAGGCUUCAAAAAAGACUAAAGGAUAUACAGAGAAGACAUAAUGAAUUUCGAAGUUUAAUUUUGGGUCCUAACAUACCUUCAACAGCAUCCAUCAAUCCUGGAAGCUUUCAGUCACCAACUGUGAUUCCAGGCAUGGAACUAUCCUUUCCUCCUCAUAUGCAGGAGGAGCAGCAUCAAAGAGAACUCUCUCUACUUCGCAAAAGACUAGAAGAACUAGAAACAACACAAAGAAAACAACUAGAGGAACUUGGAUUUCCUGGGGAAUGAUUUUCUUGGAGAAAAGGCAGAUCAAAAGGGAUGAAAUCAGUGACUCAAGAAGGCUUGAAGUUUUAACGUAUGUGGUAUUUAGAUACUUUAUUACUGUUUGCCAAAACACUUGAAUGUGCCUCAAGAGAAGGUACCAGUACAUGAUGUAUUGAACGAAUGUCAGGAUUUUAGGGUUAUACUAAUGAUAAGUGAAGCACUAAAGCAGCUUCAGAGAUAUUUAGAAUAUUAUUGACAACCCUUUGAGAAUGUGAAAUAAAUGAAUAAAAGGAACUCAUUAGGGAAUCAAGUUUUUAAAUUAUUUUAUUAAUCUUACUUUGUUGAAUUUUUUGGCAUUUUGCCUAAAACAUGCCCAUCUUGAAUUCCCUCUUCCUCUUCUUUGAGAUGCUUGGCAAUAACAGGGUCAGUGAACAUUUUCUGGUUUACUAUAUAUGAGUUAUAAACCUCUAGUUCUUGAAAAAUGACAAUUUUAAAGUUAGUAUAAAAAAAUAAGAUAUCUAGAUAUAUAUUAUAAAACACUACCUUUUCUAAAAGCUGUGUGCACAUAAUUUAUUAAAGAGCUUAACAUUUUUCUAA